GGAAUACAUUAAACAAUGCCGCACACGCACACGCGUUCGAACAACGAAGAACCAAGGUCAAGAAUCCACUGCGAAAUGGAAGAGAGUGGGGAAGAGUGAGCGAGUUUUAUGACUAGAGUUAUGUUAUUUGCGCGCUCUUGUUGUAUUCGAGAUGUGAGAAUGGCUUCGACAUUGAUCGGCCGCUCUGGUCGAGAGUAUCUUCGAGACAAGAUCCUCAAGCACAACCCAAAAAGUCCGGAUCUCAGUGUCUAUCUUGCGCGGUGCGGAAACCAAUACUUUGUGCUAAAACACGUAUCCCCUUCGAUCUUCGAACAAUCGCUGGAACUUAAGCAAGAGUUCCCAGAAACGGGUCGUCUUCGAGUGCAUGAUGAUGAUAAUGAAGCCGAACAAACCCUUAUCUACAUCCACUUUAGCGAUAAUUUGCUUUCUCUUGUGAAGAACAACCCAAACAUGUCGAUUGCGCCUCGGAAAUGGAUAUUGUGGGAACUUGGGCAGGCGUUAAAGGAGUUUCAUGCCAAGAACUGGAUACAUAUUGACGUCAAGCCUGAUAAUGUUAUGGUUGAUUACCGUUACGAUCAGGCCGGUCAGCUCGCACCGGAAAGGGUUGUGCUAGGUGACCUAGACUGCUCCUUGAAGCUAAAAGGCGACAAACUUCUUCGGCUCCCAGACGGAGUCAAAGUAGGAAAUGUCAUGUGGCGCAGCCCCGAAGCGCAAACGGGGCAGGGGAUUGGCAAUCCGUCGGAUGUAUUCUCUUAUGGGCUCGUGUGCCUGUACACCAUCACCGGUGUGGAAACCCUGCACCCGGAUUUCGAGCAGUUAAAGAGAGACAUGAUCGAACCUGAACUGGAGAUUAUGGGUCGAUUAAUAUCUUUUUUUGGGCCGGUCCCAGACGAACUUGUGACUCAUGUCAAUAAUGAGAACUGGGGUCACAUCAUGAUGGCUAUAUCAGAAGGGACAUUCGAUGGAGGCCCAGUCGGGCCUGGGCGUUUCGAGAAGUGGGAGGAGAAGGAUUACCCCAAUCUUGACUCUGAGACAAAAAGAUUUCUCUGGAGAAUGACAAACCUCAGUCCAUUGAAGCGAGCUACUAUGGAAGAACUUAUGGAAGAUCCCUGGUGGAACAUGUAAUAGCAUAUCUACUCCAAUGUCAACAAUAACCACGCAUGAGGCGCAGCAUAGCUAUAAAAAAAAAAAAAAAAAUUAAGAAAAAUCUAGUUCAUGGAUGUUAAUCUCGCUGUUGUUUCCAAUCUUAAUGAGUUGUAAUGUAGAAAGGACCUAAUAUUGAUUCAGGACAAGCAUUCUCUAAUUCUCUAACAAAAAACCCAACUGCCAUGCUAAA